GAAGACGUUUCGCUUCUCAUCCAAGAAGCUGCUUCAGUUUUGACGCUUCUUCGGCUCUGGACAGUAUAUCCUCACUAUUUUUUUUAUUUUAUUUUAUUUUAUUUUGUCACUGCAUUAUAUACAAGCACAUACAAUGAAAGGAAACAAUAGGACAGGAACGGUAGGCACUUUUGUGCACUUAUGCAGGUCUCUUAUACUCCUCUUAGGAAUGGGGUGAGGUCUAUGGUAGACAGUUUUUGGUUAAAGCUUUUGGGAGUUUGAGAAGAGACCACAGAGUUAGGUAGUGUAUUCCAAGCAUUAACAACUCUGUUACAAUAUAAUACAGCUCCUGUCAGAGCUGGAGAAACUUCUUAGAUGAGAAGCGAAAUGUCUUCAAAAGGAAAAAAAAACAAUAACAAGAUAAUCCAAGUUGCCUCCUGAAAAAAGCAGCACCUUUGGAACGAUAUUGCAAGUCCGUUUUACAAACAGAUCCGGUUCUUUCGGGUGGGAGAAAAACGGCUGACCUCCCAGCCAAUCAGAGGAAGGAACGAUUUCCGGGCGGAACGGAAUUUUCCGAGCUCCGGAGCGACUGGGGGAAGCAGUCCAGCGACGGACCGGGCCCGCCUUGCUGGUGUCAUGCGGUGGGAUCUCAAUGGACAACCUGAAAAAGAACUGGAAAUAGAGGUGAAGGGGAGAAAAAAUACCUGGAGAUUUUAUGUGAACAAUUGCACACUUUCUUAAUGGAAGAGGCUCCCAAACCAACAUUUCAGGAUGAACUGGAAUGGUGCAUCACUCAACUGGAGACUGGCCUUUUGCGUCUUAACCCAACUCCAAAGCAAGCCGAUGAAACACGCCACAUCCUUAAAGUAUUGCGCUCCCGUAAAGCUCCCCUUGUGAAGAAGAGGCAAAUGAUGCACCAUGUCUUUGGAGAUUACCGUCUCAAAAUGGCUGAAGAAAACGAGAGAACAGCAAAAGCUGGUGUGACGCCCAUGCAGGUAGAAAUUCAACAAGGGAACAGCCUUCCUUUGGGCAGCGUGGUGUACAGGAAGCAGCAAUUGGACAGUCCUUCCUCAGCGUCGACUUCAUUGCUCGCAUCGUCAGAUAAUAGCUUUCAGUUUAACUUUGUCCUGCCUGAAGGAACCACAGAAGAAACGGAUAGAAGCGCAGCAGAAGAACAUGGGUUGGGUGACUCCAGAGAACAGUCUAUUGGUAACGGUCCCUCUAGGAUGCUGGACGUCUCCACUGGAACACAGCAGCCUGGCUUUGCUUUCAAUUUCACCAUCCCAGAUGCUUCAGGUGAUGCCUUUGAUCCUGGCUCUGGAGCUUUAGCAGAAGCAGCUCCAGAGAGAGACCUCUCCUCCAAAAAAACGACGGUGACAACAGAGAGAUCAGCCUCUUCACAACCUGAUAGAACCGACGGGAAGGAUUGUGUAAGCAGACACACUGAAGGGCAUCCUGUAAAAGAGGUGCCAAGAUUGGAAGCCACCGAAGUAGCUUCGCCAGAGGUUGCAGAAGAGAAAUUGGUUGUGGCAGCUGGCGGACCACCUAAGAGAAGAAAGAAAAAGAAACCCCCACUGUCAAAAGUCUCCCACGUUGACAAAGGACGCGGAGACAGCAAGCUUGGUGGUGAAGGAACAUCUGAACAAGCCGAGAUGUUACAGGCAUAUGAUCAAUUGAAGAGGGAGGUAGACUGGUGUGUGGAACAGCUGGAACUCGGCCUGAAGACUCAAAAAUCCUCCCCAAAACAGACGGAGGAAGCUCUCCGCGCCAUCAAAACUUUGCGCAGCAAAAAAGCAGUGCUGGCGAAGAAACGCCAAGUGAUGCGUCUGAUGUUCGGCGACUACCGAGCAAAAAUGGAGGAGGAAAGGCAGAAGCAGCUGAAGCUCUUGCAAGCAGCUUCAAAAGCUGCUCACAUCACAGAAGUGAACGAAGAGACUCGGAAGAAGAGAAGCCAGGUGUUCAGAAAGUCUGCAGAAGGAGCCAGAGCCUUCCAGAACCUUCCAGAACCUUCUUGCUGUCAACCACCAGCUUGUCUCAGAUCAACAGACCCUUCCUCUUUUAAAUUCAGACCAUCGCAAGGAGAAUUCUGCUUCAACUUUUUCUAAGCAAACUUUUUUUGGGUGAAGGCAGGAUACUAAUUUUGAAAAGGCUCCUUUUUUGGGGGGGGGGAGAAGCAGUAAGGAGGGUGGGACUCGAAUGGCAAGCAUGGCCUGUGAAAAGGGCAAAAAUGCACAAUUGGAAAAUUCUGAGUUGACGAAGAAAGACUAAUAAAAUACAGGUUUACAAGCCUGGGUUUAUGAACUCAGCGCUAAAAUUUAAGCCGCAGGGGGGAAUACCUGAUUUGAUGCAUUUUUUCGUAUGCAAAUGCUUUCUUAAAUGGGACAAGUGAUUGAGAGCUAAGGAAAGUCACCUCCUAAGUGCUAAGAGGGUCACUAGGUGAGAUGGGCAGCAUAUAAAUUUAAUAAAUAAGUAAAUAAGUGAACAAGAUAGUAGCAAAUCUGCUUUCUCUUCACACACACCUGGCAAAGAGAUGGAAAAUCCGAUGAGAGGCACGCAUGUGUGAAAAUUAUCAUGGUUUAUUGCAGUGAUGGAGAACCUUUUUGCCGUCGCAUGCCAAAAGCGGGGGAAACACGCAUGUGUGCCCACACCCAUAAUUCAAUGCCCCCCGCGUCCCGCCCCUCACGCAUGUGUGCAUGACCCCCCCUCCCUGCGCUACCCCCGCUUUUGGCAAAACGUUUACUAGUGGGCCCAUUUUUCACCCUCCUCAGGCUCCAGAGGCUUUCUUGGAGCCUGGGGAGGGCGAAAACAGCCUUCCCCUCACCACCCCCGGAGGCCGGAAGCAGCUCGUUUUCCGACUUCCGGUGGUCCCGGAAGGCCCGAAAGUCAGCUGGCCGGUACGUGCAGGCGUGCUGGAGCUGAGCUAAGGCAACGAUCACAUGCCCACAAAUACGGCGCUAUAUGCCACCUGUGGCACACAUGCCAUAGGUUCAUCGUCACAGGCCAUUCUUUAAAUUCUUCAAAUUCUUUAGAGAAAAGCCCAAAUGUAUGCCCGAAGGUGAUUGUCAGCUGACCAUAAGCCAUAACCAAGUUUGGUCUCUCUGCCUUUAGGCAAAUACCUUGAUCUGCCAACUUCCUAUGCCAGGGGUCGGCAACCUUAAAUACGCAAAGAGCCAUUGGGACCCGUCUUCCCACAGAAAAGAAAACACCGGGAGCCACAAAACCCUUUUGACAUCUGAAAUGAAGAUAGGACUGCAUAUAUUAUUUUUUUUUACCUUUAUGCUAUGUAUAAAAAAACAAAAACUAUAGUGUGUUGCAUUUAUGAAAUCAGUGAACUGCUACAGAGCAAACAGAUUUAUAUUUCUGCAUGCGACAAAAACAUUUUGAACUCCGGAAAAAAAAAAAGAUGGGUCGAAAACCUCAAUAAAUUGCCUGCCAGCAA